AGCGGAUGUAAAACACGGAGCGGGACAGAGCACACACACACUCGGGUAGAGAGGGAAAUGGGCGACAGCUGCAGGAAUGGAGAAAGCCGAAUAUUGACAGCAGCGCCGAGUGAAGGCGACCGAUGAGGAUGAUGAUGAAGAGUGAAAAGUGAAGCUUUUAUUCUGACGGUCUCCAUCUCCUCGGUCACGGCCAUACCGCUGUUUAACCCCAUCCUGUUCAGAGAUGAUGAAAGCAUUUUCCUCACUACGGUCCCUUGUGUGGUGUCACUGGGCCAUGGUUCGCAAAAAAGGAUCUCUUAUUUUGUGUGGAGCGUUUCUGUUUGUUGCCUGGAACGCCUUGCUCCUCCUCUUUUUAUGGGGGAGGCCUCCCAUUGGCCGACUUGGUGAGGGAGGCGGAGCUGAACCAGGGGCCGGUGAGGAAUGGGGAGCUGGAAAAGCACAAGUGGGUGGAGCUAACGGAUUGGCCGGCGAAGUGAUCAGAUUGGCCGAAGAAGUAGAAUCAGAACUGGAGACUCAAAAGAAACUCCUCAAACAGAUACAGAGUCACAGGGAACUAUGGGAACAGCGGAAAGAAUUGGGAAAGAGAGAAUCUGAGGACACAAAAGAUGAGAAGAACAUUGAGGAGCCUAAAAAACCUCAGCAGAUUCCUGCAGUUCCUCGAAGUCAUAAAAUUGUAGAUGAUACAAAAACUGUUACAAAAAAUACACAGACAAUAAUGGUUACGCCACCUCAGCUGGUCACGAAGGAGCAGAAACUAGACCAAGAGAACAAGAAAAUGGUGGAAAAUGAAGUAGGCCUUACUAAGCCAAACCCUCAAAUCAUUAUCCCAAUUCUCGUCAUUGCCUGUGACAGAGUAACAGUGAAGAGGAGUUUGGAUAAAUUGAUACAGCACCGUCCUUCUGCUGAGCUUUACCCGAUCAUUGUCAGCCAGGACUGUGGCCAUGCAGAUACGGCAAGGGUGAUUGGCUCCUAUGGCAGUCAGAUAACCCACAUUAGCCAACCGGAUCUUGCAGACAUUCCAGUGCGACCUGAUCACAGGAAGUUCCAGGGUUACUACAAGAUCGCCAGGCACUACCGUUGGGCUCUGAACCAAGUGUUCAAUGUCUUUGCUUACUCCACAGUGGUCAUUGUGGAGGAUGACCUGGAGGUGGCCCCAGACUUUUUUGAGUAUUUCCGUGCACUCUACCCCAUAUUGAGAUCGGAUCCAACUCUGUGGUGCAUUUCCGCCUGGAAUGAUAAUGGACGGGAUGGGCUGGUCGACCCGGGCAAGGCUGACCUCCUUUACCGGACAGAUUUCUUUCCUGGCCUUGGAUGGAUGCUUUUGAAGGAAGUCUGGGCUGAGUUGGAGCCCAAGUGGCCCAAGGCAUUCUGGGACGACUGGAUGCGGCACCCAGAGCAGCGGAAGGACCGCUCGUGCAUUCGUCCUGAGAUCUCAAGGACUAUAACUUUUGGCCGGAAAGGCGUCAGUUUGGGUCAAUUUUUUGACCAGUAUCUGCGCUACAUAAAACUCAAUGCUGAAUUUGUGCCUUUCACUAAACUGGACUUGUCCUACCUUGUCAGGGAGAAGUACGAUGAAACCUUUGAAAAGGAAGUAUAUAGCGCCCCCUUGGUGAAAGUGGAGGAACUACAGCAAGGUGGAAGCCUGAAAGGCUCUGGGCCGUUUCGAGUACAGUACUCCAGCAGAGACAGCUUUAAAGUGCUGGCCCGCAACUUGGGAGUUAUGGACGACUUGAAGUCAGGGGUUCCCCGUGCCGGUUACAGGGGCGUAGUCAGCUUUAUAUCCCGUGGACGAAGAAUUUAUCUGGCUCCCCCUGAGGGCUGGACUAAAUAUGACACCAGCUGGAGCUGAGGAGGAUGAGGUUUAGACCACAAAAGACGAGAAAGAGAAAACUCACAACUAUUAUUACAAGUACAGGAGGAGAGAAACGCCCUCUCAAACCAAAGAAAACAGAGGCAGGGUGUAAAAAGUAGAGAAAAGCUUAACGCUAAGAAGUGAGUAUAAAAUAACUGCUGUUUUGUCAUGGAAGAACUUCCAGGCAUGCUGGGAACAGCACAAAAGGUGGUGCAUUGUAUUUGCGCAGCAAUCAUGCAACAAUCUUCCCUCAGAGAAAAUAGUGGAGUUAUGCUGCAAACAGCUCCUAUGCAGAAUCGCUCAUUCUGAUAUGGAGAAAAAUGAUCAGAUUUUUUUAUAUUAUUAUUAUUUGAACAUACUGACCUUUCUGUUGGUUUCAACAUCAAUGCAAAAGGCAUACAAGAGGUCUUAUAUUUUAUCCUACCACAGUGUCUUUUGGGAGAAUCUCACGAUAACUCACAUCUCACCCCAAAAUCAAAAGAAGAAAAUAUUUUUAUAUUUCCAUAUAUACAGAAGAAAAAUGAAGCCUGUUCUUGGGGCCAUUCAUUUUUUUGGACAUUUUCAUCACUAGCAUAUUUUUUCCCCAAUUUAUCAUUACUGAUAAUGAUUUUGAAAGUUUUAUUUUUUUGUAAUAUUCAGUAUUACUGUAUUAUAUAUUAAGAAGAAACAACAACCCAAUAUCCAGAUGUUUCUUCACAAGUUUCGUGAGAUUCAGCCUUUGAAAGACCAAUCGGAGUGUUUAAAUUCCAUUUGUCCAAGUUUUAUUAGUCCCUGACAUCAUUAUAAAUGAAAAUUGUGUAUAAUUGUUGUCCAGUUUGAUCAAUGCAUUCAUAUAAAUGCGCAGACUUGUUAAUUUGACUUUUUAUGUAGCAUCAUUGAAUCUAUGAAGUUCAAGCUUGUGGCAGAAAUUAUUCAAGGCUUGUGUAACUGACAUACCAAAUCUCUGGACAUCUCUUCUGUGCCAUUUUGUUGAAGUACUGUACUUGAACCUGUUUUUCUUUUAACCGCUCUUCCUGGCCUGGGAGAGCUCUCAUUGUUUUUUAAAGAUGUUGUAGGUUUGUUGCAAAACCAGUGGUCAUAGAAAUCGCUUUACAUGUUCUUACGGAUGAAAUGAAUGGAUUUCAGUAGGCCAGAAAUGAGAUGAAACAUUUUAAUUAAAUGUACUGUAUUUAAAUGUUUGGGAGAUAAAUGAUCUGAUAUUAAUGCAUAUGCAGUAUGAAGAAGUGUGAAACCACUGCCUGACAUGUUUAUAACUUUAUUACAUUGAGAAUAAAACAGACUAUUUUGA